UUAACAGAAUGCUGGAUAUCACAUCCUGUCGUUUUACUGGACUUUGACCAUUACCUCAGUGUGAGACAAGGUGACUGUGAACACGCCAACAGGUCACAGGAUGCUUCAGCUGAAGAAUGAACAACCUUUGAAACCUCAACCCAGGGCCUUCCGUGCUUUGGUUUUCCAUCACGCCGUUUUCUUUCUUCUCCUAACACAUCACUGUGGAGGUCAGCCUCAGAUGGUCAGUCCAUCUCAGCCAAUAGUGGCAGUAGUUGGUGAUGACGUCAUGUUGCCAUGCCACCUGGAACCUGCCAUGGACGCUUCAGAAAUGACUGUGGAGUGGACGAGACCUGACCUGGAACCCAGAUUUGUCCACGUGUGGCGUUCUGGUGUUGAACUGGAGAAUAAGAAACAUCCGUCCUAUAUGAGAAGAACGUCACUGUCCCCCAACAGACUGAAGCAUGGAGACAUUUCACUGACACUCCCCAGAGUGAAACUCUCUGAUGAGGGAACGUACAAAUGCUUCGUUCCCACCAUCAGCAGAGAGUCUACAGUCGAGCUUGUUGUUGGUGCCGUUUCCUCACUUAACAUCAUCUUAUUGAGGCCUGGGAAUGAAGAAGGAACCAGAGCAGUGGUGUUAGAGUGUGAGUCUAAAGGCUGGUAUCCAGAGCCUGAGGUGUUGUGGCUGGACGGUGAGGGAAACCUCCUCUCUGCUGGACCUACAGAGACAGUCAGAGGUCCUGAUGACCUCUAUACUGUCAGCAGCAGAGUGACUGUGGAGAAGAGACACAGCAACAGCUUCACCUGUAGAGUCCAACAGAACAAAACCAACCAGGCCAGAGAGACACACAUACAUGUUCCAGAUGAUUUCUUCGGUGCUCCAUGUAGCAGUGCUACUCAGACAUGGAUCAUCAUCAGUUUGGCUUUGGCCUUCGCAGUUAUUGUUGCAGUUGUCUUUGUUGUGUGGAGAUGGAGACAGACAGGAAACAGCAACAAACUGAAACCUUCAACAACAGGGAGUUUAAUUAACUACACAGAGCUUCACACUCUCGUUGAUGAAAAAGGAGAAGCAGUGCAGGCCACGACAGAGAGUGUGGAGGUGAAGGAUUUGGACAAGAAAGAAGAAAACCUCAAAGUGCAGUUAAAUGAAGUAGAAGAAGAGCGCAGGGAUGUGGUGGGAGCAGUUAACUUUUUAAUGGAUCACAGGAAGGAUCUGCAGGACCAGAUCUAUCAACUUGGAUUAUUACUGCAUGAUGUGGAGGUCCAGAGGGAUGAGGUCCAGAGUCAGUGGAGAGAGAAACUGAAUGAAAACGAGCAUCUUCAGACCGACACAGAGCAUGAAACCGUAAAGAAGGAUCUUGAGAGAAAACGAAAAGACAAAGACGCAGUUUUAAAGUCAGUCAUUUGUGCAGUUAAUAUAGUGACAGAGAAGAAGAAAGCUUUAGAUGACUGCAAGGAACAAAUUAAUGGACAACUGGAGGAGAUAGAGAAUCAGAGACUCCAGUCAGACCAUUCAGAGACAUAAACACAAACCUCAACAACUGUGGCUGUCAUUUACUCUGCAGAAGACUGGAGGCACCAGAGGAAGGACAUAAUAACAAACUGUUUUUAAAUUUACCUCACAAGGACCUCUAGUGGCCAUGAGAGUUAUUACAACUGUCUGUCAGUAAGUCGGUGUAAAAGUAGGGGAGUUACUGUGGACACAAAGGAGGUCAGGACUCUCUUAAGCAGAACCACAAAAACGUUUCAAGCUCAUUAAACAGAGACAGUCAUGACCAGACAUCUCCAAUACACUGCUGUCAGACACAGACUGGAUUACACUGCAGCAGCUGUUGGCGGUGAUCAGGUGCAGCGCACGUGCUCAAUAUUACCUGGAGAGACCCCUUUCCAUUUGAUUGUAAAAUUUUACAGCAUCGUGGGUUAAUCCCAUGAACCUUUGAGUGACCACACACCUCUCCAGUUUUUAAAAUGUGCGUUUGAACUUCAUGGAAACAGGACAUUAUAUGUUUCAGUAAAGUUAAACCUGUCGCUCUAAACAACUUUCGCCUGACACGCGCCGACACACCUGACAACAGCGUCAUUAACACCAAGCUAACUCGUGGCUAAUUAAAGACAUCACUGACCUUCUGACUGAGUUUCCAGCUCCUCCUGUUGUUGGACGCGUCGUCUCGGUGUCUCUUAACUUUCGGGAACUUUUCCGACAAGGGCAGUCUCGCUGUUAAAUCCCCGGGGUUAAAAACUUCGACGCCGCCAUGAAGCGACACAUCGCGUCUGUUAGAUUCACCAAGGUGUGCGAUUUUCGGCGUCUGACGUCAGCCCUUCGGUGGGAGGCGCGUACGAUUACGAAAGUUUGAAAAAACCAAAACCUUCCUCCUCUAGAAAUGUUUGGUGCCUUGACAGAUUGAGGGUUUUGUCCCGUCAGCGGUGGACUCCGCUGUCAAUUAUGACAAGGAUUUCAAUUCCAUUUUACUUACUGAACAUUGGAGUUGGUUUAAAGGUAGACAG